AUGAAAUUCAGUCAAUCGUCUCUGACAUCAAAAUUUGUACAGUUGCGAAAAAAUCACGUUAAUCGUAGUUCAUUGGAAACAAACCGUUUGUUGAUACGUUUAGAAAAACUAGUAGACGUAGCAGAGACUCACGAAAGUGAUCGGAAAGUAUUUGAACAAACCAUUGUGCCAUGGAUUGAUGCGAAAGUAGAUCUAUGUCCAUGCUGUGGCAAGGGAUUUGGUUUAGGCGCUGAAAUGGCGUUCCCAGAUGAAGACGAUAAUCAUUUGGAUUCCUCAGAAAAAAAUAUGAACAUUUCAAAGUUUUGGCCGAACAAAACUAAUGUCACUCGUUUAGCAAAUACUAUUUUGGACUAUAACCCUGUAUAUCGCAGGAGACAUCAUUGUCGUUUAUGUGGAUAUGUUUUAUGUGCAGAUUGCAGUUAUUUUAUUUCUUUACAUAAUGCUCGUGCUCUUUUACACGCACUUAAUGGACAAGAUUUAGAUCUUUUUUAUACCUCUUCGAAUGCAUCUAAUACUAGUGAUCAUCCGAAUCAUUCAUUAGAAUCAGAAGUUAUUUUUCGGAAAAGAAAUAUUUCCCCUUCCCAAAAUGGUUAUGAGUUGCGUGUAUGUCCCAUCUGUAUAACUAUCUUGAAGAGGAAAGUUAACAGUUUGAAAACGUUAUCAGUCAAUACCCCAAUCAUCCAAAUGCAUAUAGAAUUCAAGGAGUUAAUGAAAAAAGUUUGCGAGUCGUUACCUUCCUACACCAUCAUUGCUGCGAGUCUAAAUUCUGGGGAACACAAGUAUACACUAGAAUCUGCCAGAUCCAUGCACUCCGAUUUGUUGCAAGCAUUACAAAAAAUUGAAGCACUCGGACGACAGUUUGCAAAAUACAGUGAGCCAAAUUCAGAACUUUAUGUCAACAGGGUGGUGGCGCGCUUGACAUUAGCAGUUUAUCGAAGGGCAAGAAAUUUUGUCCAAAAUUACCUCCCACCUUUGCAAGCUCUUCCUACACUUAGACAAUAUGAUAACCUAACUUCACAGCGCAAAGAUGAAUUGGCUGUUCGAUGGGCUGAGGAAGAUAGAGCUCUUUCGGAACUGAUGGAGCGAGUAUCAGGCAAACCAAACUUUGCAAACAUAGAUCCAACUAUGAAUCCUACUACAAAGACAUGGCAAAGAUUCUUCCAACUACCUAACACUUAUGAGAAACACCAAGUUAAGAAAACUACGAUACAGCAUUUAUCCGAUGUAGCAAAUAGAAUGGAUUACGUUGCUGGACAAAUGAUGGCUGCGCGCAAAGAGGGUCGACUGCAAACAGCAGAACAGUUGGCAUGUACACUUGACCAACUUGAACAAGAAUUUCAGAAUAUCAGUUCUAGUCUUAACGACAGUGAAGUGUUAACAACCUAGCUGUACAUAUUAAUGAAGUAUUCGAAACAGUACAAUAAAACAAAACUAAUUAAAAAUCUGAUUAAUUUAUUGUACUUGCAAAUUUACUCAUAUUUUCUAAUUUACAAUAAGAAUUAUCAUUGAAGGAAGACGUUCUUGAUUGGGAUAUACAAGAAAUUAUACAAAGCCAAAGCUUUUUGUUCCGAUCGCCUGUAACAGUUUGUCACGUAAUAUGUGCCUUGAUGAAUAUAGUGGUAAAUAGAGACGCGAAAUACAUGUGUUAGCAGAUGGGAGAUGAUGAUCAUCAGGUGGCCUGAUUGUUAUUGAGGGCAUAGGUUGAAACCC